AUCAGUGCAAGUGAAGGGCAGCGGCUUCAGGAGGUGUCACUGAGCAUGCGUACAGGAAGCACUUUCUACAAGGGUCAGGAUGCGGUGCGCGCGGAAUUUAACUUGUGUUUCCUUCUAGGAGCGGGCGGCCUUGCAGAUGGCGGCGGAGCUGCGGACGCCUGAGCAAGGACCGAAGCCCUGGGAAAGAUCGGUCCUGGACUCGGGUUACGGCUCCAGCAUCCACCGGCGUUCGCAGCGCCCGCUGGACUCGCCUGAGGCGGGCGAGGUUGUGGUGGAAAAGUUCUCGCUCUCCGGAGCCGAGUGCGAGUCGGGCCCCAAUAGCCCCGAAGCGGCCGCCUCGGACUCGGGCCGCAGUGGACACGUAGUUACGUCCGGCUGCAGCCUCCUGACGAAGGAUGAGGAGCCUGGAGUGCGGGUGGCUUCACCGGAACAGCGUAGCGCAGCUGGUGCCUGUCCGUCGGUGACACGUUGCGGUCAGUGCUCCAACAUCGUCUGGAAAGUAAUAACUGGUGUACUGGUUGUGGUUAUUUUGGUGUUGCUUCUGACAGGAACACUCUCUCCAAAGGUUAGGCAGUGUCCGGAAGACUGGAUAGGUUUUGGAGGGAACUGUUAUUACUUUUCCACUGAUACAAAGAGCUGGGAUGACAGUAAGGAGUACUGCACCUCACGUGGCGCAACACUUCCUGUGAUAAAAGAGAAACUGCAACUGGAGAACAUCAAACGCUUGAGACAGAACCAUUACUACUGGAUUGGGCUAAGAAAGGAAGCAACAGGAUGGCAGUGGGACGAUGGAUCUCUAUUUACUAAUGAUGUCAUCCAAUUGGAAAAUGAAGACGCAAAGCUGAAGUGUUCCUUCCUAAACAGUGACAAAAUUGUUACUGUAGAUUGCACAUCUUCAAGACGCUGGAUCUGUGUCAAAGAGUCCAAAUGAGUUGUCUUCAUCUCCAGUGAAGUUAGUAGUGCAAGCGUUAGAUUUCUGAGUUAUUUGCCAGACACACUUCGGAAGCCAUGAUCAUGCUCCUCUGACAAGCUGGAAAAUCAAUCUUAAAUCUGAAAAGCCUACAACUCUAACCUGCCUAAAAUCCCAAAUUGCACAUUAAGACCACCUGAAAAUAGAUGUAGUAAGGUGUUGAGGACCCUCAUAUUCCACUGAAGGUACCUGGCAGUAUUAGACACUUCUAAACAGCUGGAUACUUGAAGUUUGUAUAUUGUAGUGUAACUAUUUUUUAAACUAGAUCAUGUACAAGUUUUUCAGUGUAUUAAUUAUUUUUAAUUCAGAAUAUGAAGCGUCUUUCAGAACAGGGAUCGACAAAUGGAAUUAUUUUAAUCAAAGAUUAUCAGUCAGAUUAAUACAG